AUGGCAGCUUCGAGUUCACGAGAAGGAGACGAUUACACGAUUAUGGAGAAAGACCCAACAGGGCAAUACUCAAGGUACAACAUUAUCAUUGAUAAAGGCCAACAAAAAGUAGUUUUCUUAGGAUAUGAUGAGAUUAAUGGCAUAGAAAUUGCUUGGAAAAAGAAAUUUUAUAGAAAUGAUUGGUCAUUUGGAUUACUUCGAGAAGAUUCGGAUUACACCAAGAAACAUGAUAUUAAAGAAGGUGAUCCAUUAAUCAAGAAUUGGUGUAAGCAGAUUCUGACAGGACUCGAUUUUCUUCACAAUCAACGCGAUUGGAUUGUUAUUCUAAGGUGUCUGAAUUUGGAAAACAUAUGUGUUGUUGGGGACUCAGGGACUGUUAAGAUAGGGGAUGUGAAUUUCGCGGCGUUUAUGCUGUAUGAUGAAACAGUUGAUAGGAGAUUACGUGAGUUAGACAAUGUCACAGACGGAGAGCUUCAGAGGUUCAUUCAGAGGUGUUCGGCUGAUGUAGGAAUAAGGCCUACUGUUACUGAUCUUCUGAAUGAUCCGUUUCUUGAACCGAGUACUACUACUACAGCAGGUUCUGCAACAGCAUCAGUACCAUCUGUGAGUGUACCGUCUGCUGACACGAGUGAUCAGGGGGUAAGAGAACAAGAACGACCGCCUUUUAUUGCAGUGCUCAACGAAGAGUACACGAAAUUUGCAGUAGUAGGAGAAAAGUUGGGCAGUGAACUGAUGUCUGUGACAGUGAGGACUACUGAAGUUAAGAUUGAUGAUUUUGUGUUCUGUGUCGAAACUGAUACGCUUCUUGAAAUGACAAAUGAAAUCAGAGAAGAAUCUGGCCUGUCAGACGAAGAAGUUGCAUCAAUUGAAGUUGAUUUCGAGUAUAGCACAGGUAGUAGUGAAAAUCCUGAGGGUGAUAUCGAAGAUAACACAGGUAUUGAAAAUCCUGAAGGUGAUAUUGCUGUUAACACAGGUAUUGAAAAUCCUGAGGGUCAAAUCGACGAUAACACAGCAAAUUCUGAGGGUGAAAUCGACGAUAGCACAGCAAAUGCUGAGGGUGAAAUCGACGAUAAUACAGCAAAUGCUGAGGGUGAUAUCGACGAUAAUACAGCAAAUGCUGAGGGUGAAAUGGACAAUAACACAGGUAUUGUAAAUCCUGAUGGUGAUAUCGCUGAUGACACAGGCAUUGCAGAUGCUGAGGGUGAUAUCGACGACAGAAACUCAUCUGCACCAACUGAAAAUGCUAGACAGGUAGCUGAUGAAAUGGGUCUGGGAAAUCAGGAAAGUCUAUUAAGGUGA